CAUUGAUUCCUGCGUGGCCCUUUGCAAUAGCCGCCUCAUCAUCUGCCUCCUUCUCUGAUAUAGCUUGUGUGCAGCUCACUGUAUUGUGCUGUCGCGCUGCUCGUGGUAAGUAGCUGAGAUUAAACAAGGCUGUUAAUUGUGUUUAUUUCCGCUCCGAAUAACCACAAGCUGAGGAAAAGGGCAGCACCUCCGGGGGCCAGCCUCCCCUCUCUCCCUCUCCUCGGUCUGGAUGGUGGUGCUGGAGGGAGGAGGCGAUUUUAUUCCUCCUCCUCCACAAGUCUGAACCCCCUCACCCACCGCGGGCCCCCAUUUCUUUUGUGAUCCUUUCAAAAGCCUCGCGGGGCUGCUCGCUCGCGCUCACUCGCUGACUCCCUCGCGCACGCGGAUCCGCAGAAUCCAUGCAGCUCAUCCUCGAGGGGUCGCGGUGACUGAGAGCCUCCACCCCCUCUAUCUCUCUCUCUUUCUCUCUCUCUCUCAUUCUCCCCCCGGCUCCUCCUGCUCCUGCCCCGGCACCGAUUGUUGACAAAAGGCGCUGCGAGACGGAGCAAAGGAGCCCGGUAUCGCCCCUCUUCGGAAGGUGUGGCCGAGGUGAUUCUGUGGUGGUCAGACCGCAGCAGGCGUGAACUGGACCCUCUUCACCUCCUCCUCACCUCUCUCCUUCCUGAAACCCACCCGCGACUGUUAUUUACAAAAAACAAAAACAAAAAAAGCAGAGGCCAAGAUGGGUCAUCCACUGUGAGUGGAAGAGCCGGACCAGCGCUGCUGGAGGAGGCGGCGGCCUUGGGCACGUCUAUUCAGCCGGGAAUGUUGUGAGCUGAGGCGACCAGGCAGUCUGGAUCUGACCGGGGACCCAUCUUUCCCCCGGAGCCUCCGCGGCUCCAAGCCGCGUCCUGAGCCCUCCAAAAUGGGGAAGUGCGACGGGAGAUGCACGCUGCUGGUGAUAUGUUCACUGCAGCUGGUGGCAGCCCUUCAGAGGCAGGUGUUUGAUUUCCUGGGCUACCAGUGGGCUCCCAUUCUGGCCAACUUCCUGCACAUUAUGGCCGUCAUCCUGGGCAUGUUUGGCACUGUGCAGUUUCGCUUCAGAUACCUCAUCUUUUAUGCAGUAUGGCUGGUCGUCUGGGUGGGAUGGAACUCCUUCAUUAUUUGUUUCUACCUGGAGGUUGGAAACCUCUCUCAGGAUAGAGACUUUCUCAUGACGUUCAACACAUCCCUCCAUCGUUCGUGGUGGAUGGAGCACGGUCCUGGUUGCCUGGUAACACCAGUAUUAGACUCCCGCAUGGCCCCCGAUGACCACCAUGUCAUCACUGUGUCCGGGUGUCUGCUCGACUACCAGUACAUCGAGGUGUUGAGCUCAGCCAUUCAGAUCCUCUUGGCUCUCUUUGGCUUUGUUUACGCCUGCUACGUAAGCAAAGUCUUCCAGGAUGAUGAGGACAGCUUUGAUUUCAUUGGUGGGUUCGAUUCUUAUGGCUACCAGCCUCCUCAGAAGUCCUCUCAUCUGCAGCUGCAGCCUCUUUACACGGCUGGUUAACUGUUGGUAGCACCCCCUUCAGGCCAAACCCUGAUGGUGUCACUGUGGAUGGACUCACUCUGUCACAGUUUACCUGAGAAAUGGACUUAACCCCACCCAGACGGAGAGGCGUGUGAGUGUGUGUGACUGUGUGUGUGUCUGAGAAAGUGAAAUAUGGCCCUGAAAAGAAUGUACAGAGCUCAGGGAAGAACCAGCAUGCCGGGCGGCGUGACGAGAGGAAGGCGACGCGGGAGGAAGGCGAGGGGAGAAGAGAUUCAUAGAACAAGAGCUGGCCUCACCGAGGGGACAGUUCACUAAACUGCCAGCUCUCAACACUCCCACUGCUGUGUGUGUGUGUGUGUGAUUGUGUAAUUCCACAGGACUAGCUGGUGCUUUGCAGUUGCACCCUGGACUCUUACCACUUGGUGCCCCUGUGAUUUCUUUUUGUUUUUGUUUUUGCUUUGUUUUGUUUUGUUUUGUUUUGU